AAAAUAUUAAUAAUAUUACAUUUUGACUUUUUGGCCCAUAAAAUGAUAUUCCCUUUUGUUGUCUGUGGUUCAAUCAAAACACUGAGUCCACGAGUCUCUUUUACACGCUCCUCCAUACUCCUCUUCUUGUGUUAGGGACGAGCAAUACUACACAGACGAUAAUGGCGAUUAGGGUUUUUUUUAUCCUAACUCUGCUGCUGUUUUCGUCAUCGUUUCUACAAGUUGCAAGAUGUGAACAGGAUCCUGAUGCAGAAGUAGUUGAUUCGUCUGAGGAAGUAGUAGACAUUGGGAUUGUUGGUGAUGAUGUCCAGGAUUUUGGUGGAGGAAGCUUUAGUCCAGCUCCAGGAGUGGAAACUGUUUGCGUCUUCCCCAAAAACCCCGCAAAGUUGAUAGGAGCUGGGGAAGAAAGUGAACUUUUAGUUGGAUUGAAAAAUGAGGGAGAAUCCACCAUAAAUAUAAUCGCGAUCCAGGCUAGUGUGCAUCUUCCUUUUGAUCACCGUUACCUGCUUCAGAAUCUCUCCACCCAGGCUUUCAACAAUGCAACAGUCCCUUCAUCAGCUCAAGCAACUUUCCCUUACAUAUUUGGAUUGAGCAAGUUCUUACAGCCUGGUUCGUAUGAUCUUGUGGGGACUAUUGUUUAUGAAAUUGAUCAGAACCCCUACCAAAAUACAUUCUACAAUGGAACAAUUGAAGUUACUGAAGUAGGUGGGCUGCUGAGUGUCGAGUCUGUUUUCUUGUUUUGCCUUGGUAAAACUAAGAGGGUGACGAAAGUGGAAGUUGGAACCGGGACAACCGAUGCCUCAAACGACGAGUGGCUGCAGGUUUUUGACAGGCACUGCUUACUCUACUCAAUCUUCGGCCAAACUAAAGAAGAAGAAGUAGAUUACCAUGCUCACGCAGUUGUUCUUGCAAGAUGUGAACAGGGUGAUGCAGAAGUAGUUGAUUCAUCUGAGGAAGUAGGAGACAUUGGGAUUGUUGGUGAUGAUGUCCAGGAUUUUGGUGGAGGGAGCUUUAGUCCAGCGCCAGGCGUGGAAACUGUUUGUGUCUUCCCCAAAAACCCCUCAAAGUUGAUAGGAGCUGGCGAAGAAAGUGAACUUCUAGUUGGAUUGAAGAAUGAGGGAGAAUCAAACAUAAAUAUUAUCGCGAUCCAGGCUAGCGUGCAUCUUCCUUUUGAUCACCGUUACUUGCUUCAGAAUCUUUCCGCCCAGGCUUUUAACAAUGCUUCAGUCCCUCCAUCAGCUCAAGCAACUUUCCCUUACAUAUUCGGCGUGAGCAAGUUCUUACAGCCCGGCUCAUAUGAUCUUGUGGGGACUAUUGUUUAUGAAAUUGAUCAGAACCCCUACCAGAGUACCUUCUACAAUGGAACAAUUGAAGUUACUGAAGUAGGUGGGUUGCUGAGUGUAGAGUCCGUUUUCUUGUUUUGCCUUGGUGUAGCCUUGCUUGGUCUUCUUGGGUUUUGGAUAAGGAGCCAAUUCCAAAAUCUCUCCAAGAAAACUAAGAGGGUGACGAAAGUGGAAGUUGGAACUGGGACAACUGAUGCCUCAAACGAUGAGUGGCUGAAGGGUACUGCUUACUCUACCCAAUCUUCGGCCAAAUCAAGGAAGAAGAACUAGAUUACCAUCCUCACAGUUGUCUGUAAGCCUAUGCAUUAAAAAGUUUUAGGAUGAAGAUUUGUAGAUCUUUCGAGGAGGGAAUAGAAAAAGUAGGGGAAAGUAUCGGCCAACUGUUGUAGUAUGAAGAAUGAAUUUGCUACAUUUUCUUUCUCCUGGAGACAAUUUUGAAUGCUAGUGAAUUUUAUUAACUGUUAAACUGAUGGAGAGCAAAUACUUGGAAAGAGACUGUUUUUUUGUUACAUCAGGUUUUGUGGAUUAUUGUUAUUUUGUCAAAUUAAUUUAUAUUUCAAUUCACAUACCUUAGAAUGCAUGUUUAAUUCAUAGACUCAUGAGUUUUGUUACACUGUAUCUUCAUGUUGGAAACAUUUUCGAAAGCAACACACAUAUGUAUGCUUUUGUAUCAUUUUAGAAGUCCUUUUUU